AUUGACAUAAUAGAUGAUACAUUCACAUAUUAGAUGAUACAUUCACAUAUUAGAUGAUACAUUUUCAAAGAGCUACGUCUAUGUUGCAAAAAAAUAUUUUCAAUUUAAAAGCUAACAUGCUUAAAAUCUUGUUCAUUCUUAAAUGUGUGUAUUCUUUUUUCAAUUUAUGUGUGAUGUGCUUUAAAGCAUAUUUUAUCACAGAAUAAAUAAGGAUAACUUUAAUGAAGAAAACAUAGUUGAAAUACUAAUACGUAUUGCUUUUAUUCAAUAAUUUUCGAAAUUUAACAAAAUAUUUUAAUAGAUAUUGUAAUAGAAGAAAUCUUAAUGAAUUCCAGGAAGAGCGGGAGAUUCAUUGUCCAUACAGCCAUUUUCUUUUCCCAAUCAUUCUAUUGUUGGAAAACGAGUCAAUGCUAUCUGCGCCAUUCAAGACACCUACAGAGGCCAAAUGGAGUUCAAAUGGCUCCACAACGGUAAAGAGUUAGUAAAGGGUUCGAAUGUUGAAAUAAGAUCUCUGCAAGAUCUCUCCACUUUAGUCAUUAACCCUUUAACGGAAGCUGAUUCUGGUAACUAUUCCUGCAUUGUUAACAGCCGUGGUUUGUCAUCAAGUUAUCACACAUUCUUGGAAGUCUUAAUUCCUCCAACAUGGAAGGAAGUUCCACGUGACAUUGAUUCUUUAAGUGGUGAUACAGUUCAUUUAAACUGUAAAGGUUCUGGAAUACCUCAACCUACUACAUCAUGGUCUAAAUCGUCAGGGGAAAAUAAUGAUUUUAAUCAUAUGUUGGAAUCUAAAGAUAUCGUCACGUUUCAGAAUGGAACUUUAGUUAUACAUUCGAUUACAAGAGAAGACGGUGGAUUGUAUAGAUGCAAUGUUUCCAAUGGAAUAGGAACUCCUCUUAUUAAAACAGUUGCUAUCAAAGUUAUAGUUCCUCCAACAUGGAAGGAAGUUCCACGUGACAUUGAUUCUUUAAGUGGUGAUACAGUUCAUUUAAACUGUAAAGGUUCUGGAAUACCUCAACCUACUACAUCAUGGUCUAAAUCGUCAGGGGAGAAUAAUGAUUUUAUUCAUAUGCUGGAAUCUAAAGAUAUCGACACGUUUCAGAAUGGAACUUUAGUUAUACAUUCGAUUACAAGAGAAGACGGUGGAUUGUAUAGAUGCAAUGUAUCCAAUGGAAUAGGAACUCCUCUUAUUAAAACAGUUGCUAUCAAAGUUAUAGAUGCACUGAAAAUCCAACCGUUUUCGUUUCCUCCUCAAUCUGCAAUCGGUCAGCGAGUGAGUGUCACGUGCACGCCGUUGCAGGGAGAAAAAAUAGAAUUCAAAUGGUUGCACAACGGCUUGGAAAUCAUGAACGGAAGACAAAAUGUGAACAUUGCCUCCUUGCCUUUGUUUUCCAACCUCAUCAUCAAUUCUUUAACUCCGGAGGAUAGUGGCAACUACACUUGUGUUGUCCACAGCAAAGGAUUUAAGGGGAGUUACACAACAACAUUGGAUGUCUUGAGUACGUCAUUAAAGCAUCUAUGGCAUCACUUGAUUCUUUUUUUUUCAGAUGCACUGAAAAUCCAACCGUUUUCGUUUCCUCCUAGAUCUGCAAUCGGUCAGAGAGUGAGUGUCACGUGCACCCCGUUGCAGGGAGAAAAAAUAGAAUUCAAAUGGUUGCACAAUGGGUUGGACAUCAUGAGCAGAAGACAAAAUGUGAACAUUGCCUCCUUACCUCUGGUCUCCAACCUCAUCAUCAAUUCUUUAACUCCGGAGGAUAGUGGCAACUACACUUGUGUUGUCCACAGCAAAGGUUUUAAGGGGAGUUACACAACAACAUUGGAUGUCUUGAUACCCCCUUCUUGGAUAUCCGUGCCAACAGACACUGAUGCAAUUAGUGGCUCUUCCCUCAAUCUCCAUUGCAAUGGUAGUGGAAAACCAGUGCCUGCAAUCACGUGGUCGAAAUCAAAAAGUGACAGUUCCGAUUUCACUUCUUUGCUUGGAAUCUCCGAAACGAAAGUUCGUCCGAAUGGAAAUUUGCAUAUUGAAAACAUCCAAAAAGAAGAUGAAGGAAUGUAUAAGUGUAAUGUAUCUAACGGUAUAGGAAACUCCCUCAUUAAAACAAUAAUGGUCAAGGUUAUAGGUAAUAUAUUUUAA